AUGAAUGGCAAUGUAACGGUGGGAAUAGAGAAAAGUUUGAGCGAAAUUCGGCAGAUUGUUUGGAAUAGAAGGAGUUGCAACAAUGCGUUAACUAUGGUAAAUCUCAAAUUCAUCAAUGACGGUGACAAUAUCUAUGAAUUAAGCGCUGAAUUUGGCUAUACAAAUAUAACGCAAGAAAACUACGAUAAAGUCGCUUUUGAAAUUGAUGUUCAGUUCAAAAAUCUUGCAGUAACUGGGGAAAACAAGAUCUCUAAGCUGGGCUAUGACUGGAAUCAACCUAUUCAUACCUCACGUGGUAUCUUAAAACUUUUAGCAGACCCGUAUUGUUCUGAAGCAACAGCAGUGACGGUGCGUUUCGGAACAAAUUUAAUGACAGGAUGUACAAUCAGACUGACAAACUGCUCAUCUGUAAAAGCUACUAUCAACGAAUUAUCUUCACGAUAUGUUAUGAUGAAUAUUUCGUCAACUCCUAAUAUUCCAAGCUAUGCAAAGAAAGUUAUCGUUGAUAAUAUGCAAGAAACGGGAGCAACAAAUGCUGCUUGUGGUUUACCGACAACCUUAACUAUUCAGAUAUUUUUUGCCAAAAGUGGUCCUCUCUCCAACUACAAGAGGAAGAUAGUGACUGUUUCUUAUCGUUUUGGUAACUAUAUAACGAUUAACUUAAUAGAGUCUUCAAUAUCACAGCUUCCAAUAGUUUUUCUAGUCCAGUUUAUAGACGUAUCAAAACCUGCUAGAGGUCGUUUUGCUGAAUUUCCUGUUAUUAGCUUCUCAUUACCCUCAGAUUUCUUUUAUCCGUUUUUCACGUUCAAUGAUCCUCCAACUUAG